AUGAAGUACAUUCACUCCCAGGAGUCCCUUGACAUCCCCCAGGAUGUCAAGGUUCACAUCAAGUCCCGCGUCGUCACCGUCGAGGGCCCCCGUGGCAAGCUGGUGAAGGAUCUCAGCCACUUGGCUGUCAACUUCUCCCAGCCCCAGAAGGGCACCAUCAACAUUGAGAUCCACCACGGCUCAAGAAAGAACGUUGCCACUCUCCGCACCGUCCGCACCCUCAUCAACAACCUGGUUGUCGGUGUCACCAAGGGCUACAAGUACAAGAUGCGCUACGUCUACGCCCAUUUCCCCAUCAACGUCAACGUUGAGAAGAACUCCGAGACUGGCCUGUACGAGGUUGAGAUCCGCAACUUCAUUGGUGAGAAGCUCGUCCGCCGCGUUGUGAUGCGCGCCGGUGUCGACGUCGAGGUCUCCAAGGCCCAGAAGGAUGAGCUCGUCCUCUCUGGCAACUCUCUCGAGGCCGUCUCCCAGUCUGCUGCCGACAUCCAGCAGAUCUGCAAGGUCCGCAACAAGGAUAUCCGUAAGUUCCUUGACGGUAUGUACGUCUCUGAGAAGGGCAACAUUGUCGAGGACCAGUAA